AUGAGGUCGUCCGUAAUACUUUUCAAACGUUUUAAUACUUCAUUUUAUCAUCGUCUCUCGUCGACAUAUGCAGUUCAAGAAAUUCAAGCUGAUCAAUAUGGUAUACCCAAUGAGGUACUUAAAUUGAAUCAAACAACAACACUUGAUUCAAAUCAAUUAAAAGCUAAUGAAGUAUUAAUUCAAUUAUUAGCAUCACCAAUAAAUCCAGCAGAUAUAAAUACAAUUGAAGGAAAAUAUGCAUUACUUCCAUCAUCAUUACCAGCAACAUUUGGUAAUGAAGGUGUUUUUCAAGUUAUUGAUCAUCGUGCAUCAAAUGAACAACUUCGUCCUGGUGAUUGGGUCAUACCUAAAAUGCUUCAAUGGGGUAAUUGGCGUUCACAUGCAAUCGUAUCAAUAAAUGAUUUAAUAAAAAUUCCUUCGGAUAUUAAAAUUGAAGCUGCUGCAACAUUAUCAGUCAAUCCUUGCACAGCAUAUAGAUUAUUAAAAGAUUUUGUAACAUUAGAAAAAGGUGAUACAGUUAUACAAAAUGGUGGAAAUUCAAGUGUUGGACAAGCAGUAAUACAAUUAGGUAAAUUAUGGAAUAUUAAUGUUGUUAAUAUUAUAAGAAAUCGAGAUCAAGGUAUGAAUGAAUUAGUAGCAUAUUUAAAAUCACUUGGUGCUGAACAUAUUUAUAUUGAAGAAGAUUUACGAAAAGAAACACUUCGUUCAACUCUUUGGUCAACAAUUCCUCGACCAAAACUUGGCUUUAAUUGUGUUGGUGGAAAAGCGACAAGUGAUCUUCUUCGUGUACUUGAUAAAUCAGCUACCUUAGUUACAUACGGUGGUAUGAGUAAACAACCAGUGACUAUUCCAACAGCAGAAUUUAUAUUUCGUGAUCUUACUUGUCAAGGUUUUUGGAUGACUCAAUGGAAAAAAGAUAAUUAUAAAGGAAGUGAAUUCGCAAAAAUGCUUCAUGAAUUAAUUGGUUUUAUUCGACAUGGUCAUCUUAAACCGCCAAAAUGCCAAACAUUUUCAUUAACUGAUUAUAAAGUAGCUAUUGAUCAAGCACAACAAUCAAUGAAUACGAAAAAAAUUCUUCUCACACCUUAA